AUGGCUCAGAAGGAGAACGCCUACCACUGGCCCCUAGGCCAGCAGACGUCUCUCUCUGGCCUGAACACCCUGCCCCAGAGAGUCCUCCGGAAGGAAACUACCACCUCAUCUGCGCUUGUCCUCAUGAACCGCUCCAAUGCCCGGCCCACAGCUGCCCAAGGCCAGAAGGCGGAGGAGAGCAGCAGUGGGACAUCCAACUUGAUUAAACGCAACUUCACAAUUGACAACUUUGAGAUUGGGCGUCCCCUGGGCAAAGGCCUCCUCUGUCUCUUCUCCAGGCAUCCCAACAUCUUGCGGCUCUACAACUAUUUCUAUGACCGCCGAAGGAUUUACUUGAUCCUGGAGUAUGCGCCCCGGGGGGAACUCUACAAGGAGCUACAGAAGAGCCGUACUUUUGAUGAGCAACGAACAGCUACGAUCAUGGAGGAGCUGGCAGAUGCUUUGAUCUACUGCCAUGGGAAGAGGGUGAUCCACAGAGACAUAAAGCCAGAGAACUUGCUCUUGGGGCUCCAAGGAGAGCUAAAAAUCGCCGACUUUGGAUGGUCUGUGCACGCUCCUUCCCUGAGGAGGAAGACCAUGUGUGGCACCCUGGACUACCUUCCCCCAGAGAUGAUUGAGGGACGCACCCACAACGAGAAGGUGGAUCUUUGGUGCAUCGGAGUACUCUGCUAUGAGCUGCUGGUGGGAAACCCGCCCUUCGAGAGUGCUUCACACAAUGAGACGUACCGACGUAUCGUCAAGGUGGACUUGAAGUUUCCCGCUUCUGUGCCUGCAGGAGCCCAGGACCUCAUCUCCAAGCUUCUCAAGCACAACCCUUCCGAACGGCUGCCGUUGGCCCAGGUUGCAGCCCACCCUUGGGUCAAAGCCCACUCUCGGAGGGUGCUGCCUCCCUCUGCCCUUCAUUCUGUUCCCUGAAUUGUCCCCGUCAUUUACUCAGUUGUCCCCAUGUUUGUUCAUGUAUAUGUGUUGGAAGGAGGGGGCCCUGGCCUCUUCCCCUUUUCUGUCUUCUACCUCCUUUUUAUUUAAUAAAAAUUCAAGCUUUUUUAUUGCUGAGUACAGGAAACUUGGCUAUGGAGCAAAUGCCCCUCUGUAGGAAGGAGGCUGUACUAUUACUGCGGCCCCCAAACUGAAACUUGGAAAACAGUUUGCACAGACGAGGGUUCCAGAGGCCUGGCUGGACAAUACUGGCCCAUGAAGACUGUAGUAGAAACCAUUUGACCUCUAACCUCAUUGAUCUUUAUUACAAUGCUGAAACACGUACCCUCAGAUGACAGUUCUCUGCCAACUUUUAUGCAUUUGAUAUAUGUUCUUUGUUCCUCAAUUCCUGUAAAAUUGCUAGAAUACUCAUUCUAUAUAUAAUCCAUAACAUCUCUCUGCUGAGCAUAAAACCAGAGCC